UUUUAAUUGCUUUUGUGUUGAGUGGCUCUUGUGACUGAUUGAUAUAAAGUUGGGUUUUUUUCUGUCAUUUAUGGAAAACCAUUGAUAAGUCUCAGAAAUCGGCAAAGCUCGUAACUUGUGUCUGAGAUUCACCUCUUUGUGUCCGAUCAUGGCCGUCGCUGAGAAUGCUGGUGUCAAAGUUGAGUCUUCUUCAGCAGCCGACACGAAGCCUGCAUGUCCUGAUGAUGAUCAGAGCCCUAACUCUUAUUCCUCCUCUCUUGACUCAUCGGAUUCUCCGACUCCAGAUUCCGACGGUCGGACCGAUGAGAUUCCCCAAAAGGAUCAGACUCAGACCAGUCCAAAUGGGGAGAGUGGAGGGAGUCUCAACAAGAGUGAGAUCAAAGAUUUGUCUGAUGCGUUUUCGAAGCUCAACCCGAUGGCUAAGGAGUUUGUUCCUCGAACUCGAUCCGGGGGGAAUGGAUUGGGGUUUACUAACAAUUUUGCUGACGGGAGUCAUCAUCUCGCUACAAGGAGAAGGAGCUUUGGGCAAGGGAAGAGAAGGAUGAACAAAAGAACCAGCUUGGCUCAGAAGGAAGAUGUCAUUAGGAGAACUGUGUAUGUCUCUGAAAUUGAUCAACAGGUUACCGAGGAGAACCUCGCAGGUGUCUUUGUUAACUGUGGACAGGUUGUUGAUUGUCGUGUAUGCGGUGAUCCAAAGUCUGUCCUCCGUUUCGCAUUCGUUGAGUUCACCAAUGAAGAGGGAGCUAGGGCUGCUUUGAGCAUGUCGGGAACAAUGCUUGGUUUUUACCCUCUUAAGGUGCUUCCUUCCAAAACCGCUAUCGCCCCUGUUAACCCCACUUUCCUUCCCCGGUCUGAGGAUGAGCGAGAGAUGUGCGUGAGGACUGUUUACUGCACCAACAUUGACAAGCGGGUUAGUCAAACUGACUUGAAAAGCUUCUUUGAAAUGCUUUGCGGAGAGGUUCAUCGUCUGAGGCUUGGAGACUAUCACCACCAAACCCGCUUCGCUUUUGUUGAGUUUGCCAUGGCGGAGAGUGCAAUUGCUGCUCUUCACUACAGUGGUAUUGUAUUGGGAGCACUCCCAAUAAGGGUAAGCCCAUCAAAGACACCAGUAAGGCCUCACCUUCACCGCCCUGAGUGCAAAUGAAAUGAUGGGAAAGCUGUUGCAGGAGAUCCCAAAAGAUAUAUAUAUAUAUAUAUAUAUAUAUAUAGAGAGAGAGAGAGAGAGAGAAAGAGAGAGAAAGAAAGAGGAGAAGAAGAAGGUACUUGAGGCGUAUUAGUCUUUUAUUUUAAAGUUAACUUCGCAGUCGCAGCAGAGCCUGCCCGGUAUCUUUGAACAACUUUUAAGAGCUUUGAUCUUUAACUUUCUCCUCUUUUCUAUAGAGUCUGCCAAAACCAAGAUUGGUUUCCUUUUCUCUUUUGUUGUUGUUAUUGUCGAAAACACCUUCUGGAUAUUUAUUUUUUUAUGAACUAUCUCAAGACAUUUGCAGCGA